AUGAAACUAACGCUCAUCGCCCUGAUCUGUUCUGCAGUCUCAGUAUCCGCCCAUUAUCUCCAGAUCCUCGAAGAAACCAGCACCUGUCACAACCGAACCGAUGCGCGAAGAGAUGCACGCGCCGCGGGGUGCAUGAAUGUGAGCAACUACGAUGUCAGCGGAACGUUAUGCAAUCCUUUCGGUUGCAAUUGUGACUGGGGAUGUAUUGAAAGUGACGGGGUCUAUGAUACGUGGAGAUCACACGUAUGCCCCGAUAGAGUAGGAAGCGAUGUUUGUGGCGAUGCCUAA